GGCCCAUCCGAAGCGCCUUCCUGGGAGCAUCUCCUGCCGGGUCCCUCAGACACAGCGCUGCGGUCUCCUUCACGGCCCCCAAGCUUCGAUCCAGCCGCCAGGGUUCGUCGCGGGUGGUGUGCGGGUUGUUCGGCCUGGGCGUCCCGGAGCUGCUUGUCAUCGGCGGUGUAGCGCUCGUGCUCUUCGGCCCGAAGAAGCUUCCUGAAGUUGGCAAGGGUCUAGGAAAGACCGUCAAGGGCUUUCAGGAUGCGGCAAAGGAGUUUCAGUCAGAGCUGAAGGCUGAGCUGAAGGAUGAUGCGGAGACCACUGAUGCUGCCAAGGCUGCUGUGCCCCCCCCUGCAACCCCUGCGGCUCCUGCAACCCCUCCUUCCUCCACCACUCCCAGUGACAAGAACUGA